AUGGGAGAUAUUGUAACAAAGGAGACAUUUGAGUGGCUGUUCAAUGACGCAAAAAUUGUUAGAGCUUCCACGACCCUUUUUAGGUUCAUGGAUGAUAUUGUCACAAGCAAGUUUGAGAAAGAGAGGCCAUGUUGCUUGUAGUAUUGAUUGCUACAUGAAGCAAUAUGGGGUGUCGGAGCAAGAGUCACUUGAUGCUUUGAACAAGCAAGUUGUGGAUCUGUGGAAGGACAUAAACGAGGAGUUUCUAAGACCAACUGCCGCGCCAAUGGCUGUCCUAAUGAGAGUUCUUAAUUUAACAAAAGUGGUACAUCUCCUUUACAAAGGUGACGAUGGCUACACGCGUGUUGGUAAAGUGGUGAAGGAUAAGAUUGCUUCACAUUUUAUUAAUCCAGUGCCAAUUAUAUGA